GGUUGGACCGUACCCGUAUUUUUCAGUUUUCAGUGCCGUUUCAGCGCUUGAGCUGCGUGCGUCGCUUUAUUCGGACUCGUUGUUGUAUGGUGUAUGUUGUGUUGCGGCGGCACUAUGGAGGUAGCUUACAACAAUGCGUCAUCAUCUUCGGCCUCGCCGCCCGCGUUCUCCUCCUCCUUCGCCUUCACGAACACAGCCAAGCUGCCAAUUGAGACGGUGAAGCGUCUCAUUGCGGCUGUCUCACGCAGGCCCAUGCUCUGGUUGCGAAACAACGUGAGUGGCCAAAAGCGCAGCGACAUUACGCCAAUUUGGUUUGAGGUUGGCCAGGAUGUGAAUUUGCCAGCGGACAUAUGCCGGAUCAAGUGGGGCCAUCUGAGGGACAACUUUCGGAAGGUAUACAUCCGAAACAAUCUGUCCAAUGAAACGCCGUCGACCUGGCGCUUUUAUAAUGACAUGCGGUUUAUGGAGCACGCCGUCCACGAGAACAUCAUGCGACAGACACGCAGCAGCUGUAAGAAGUACCCGCCAGGACACUGGACGGAGAACAACAAUAUACUGGACGAGAAAUAUGACGGACCCGCCGUGGCCACGGAGCCAAUUUGUGAGCUGAGCGAUAGCUACGACUCGGAGCUGCACCAGCCAAGCUUCUCCGACAUCAGUUCCUUUUUCGAGGACAGAGACUGCGUUCCGGCUGAGCCUCCGGACAGGAAGCGGAUCAAACUGGAGCCCAGCCCCCCCGAGGAGGAGGAUGACGACGACUUUGACGAGGAUGCUGCCUCGGAGAACGAGGAGGACCGCACAAAGCGCAGCGAGACUAUAAACACGCCGGACCCAAGUCUCUUCACCAUCGAAGUGCUGGACGACGAUGAGGAGGAGCUGGAGUUGUCCAGCUCCAAUGUCAAGUGUACAACCAAUGACACCUCCAACAAUAGCCAGAAGACGGAGCCCGAUGUGAAGCCGUCGCUAUCACAGUCACCGACAUCCAAUUUGCCCUUUAAGUACAUCAGCAUGGAUGCAGCCACCAACACCGAGUCCUCACUGGCAGAGCUACAAGACGAUGCCGAUCGUAUGUUUCUGCUCAGCCUGAUGCCAUUCCUGCAGAAGCUGGAUGAGCGGCGGAAGCUACGUGUGCGCCAGAAGCUCCAGAAUGUCCUCAUUGAAGAGUUGGAGUUUGGCUAAUCUUAGGCGGCCGGCUUCGGAUCUAUUAGCCUGGCUCUGUAGACUUUAAGCUUAGCUUACAGUAUUAUAAGCACGCGACUGAAUAACACUGUGGAUCUGCAUUCAUACUUAGCAUGUAAUCAGUACUCCUGCCCUCGUUUUAAGACCUUUCACGCAGAUACAUCAAAUGUACACUUGUGUACUAAGAUUCAUAGACCCGUAUCAUACAUACAUAUGUACUUUUACAGGCGAACAGAAAAUAGACAUUCAACAUAGCGAUAGA